GCAUGUGCGUGCAGCGUGAGCGCGCACCCGUACCGAGCCUCCUCCUCUGCACAGGCACGGAGCAAGCUGCGUCUUCGCCGUGAUUGGGCGGAGGGCGGUGAUUCCUUCUGGCACGACUAGGGUAGACCCACCGGAGGGACCCGAGUCCAGCUUUUAACCGUCAGAGCGGACGUGGGUGAUGCUCCUCUCGCGAGUUAGGAGAGAAUAAAAAGCAAGAAAGGAGGGUUUCUUUGCAAGGAAGCCACCGACCAUCUUUGUGUGUGUGUGUGUUGGGGGCUGCGGUAAAAGUCGGUGACCAUGCCGGUGUUUCACACCAAGACCAUCGAGAGUAUCCUGGAGCCGGUGGCCCAGCAGAUCUCUCACCUGGUCAUCAUGCACGAAGAAGGCGAGGUGGACGGGAAAGCCAUCCCGGACCUGUCCCUACCGGUGCAGGCGGUGCAGGCUGCAGUCAGCAACCUUGUGCGGGUUGGGAAGGAAACAGUUCAAACCACCGAGGACCAGGUGAUGAAGAGAGACAUGCCCCCCGCGUUCAUCAAGGUGGAGAACUCGUCUUCUAAACUGGUCCAAGCGGCUCAGAUGCUGAAGACGGACCCCUACUCGGUCCCUGCUCGAGAUUACCUCAUCGACGGAUCCAGAGGGAUUUUGUCAGGCACAUCUGACCUGCUGCUUACGUUCGAUGAGGCCGAGGUGCGUAAGAUUAUCCGCGUGUGCAAAGGUAUUCUGGAGUAUCUGACAGUAUCUGAAGUGGUGGAGACUAUGGAGGACCUCGUCACGUACACUAAAAACCUGGGACCAGGGAUGACCAAGAUGUCAAAGAUGAUAGAGGAGAGACAACAGGAGCUGACACACCAGGAGCACAGACAGAUGCUCGUCAACUCCAUGAGCACGGUCAAAGAGCUGCUGCCCGUCCUGAUAUCAGCGAUAAAAAUUUUCGUGGCAACCAAGAGCGGGCGCGGCGCCGGCUUGGAGGAGGCCGAGAGGAACCGCCGCUUUACCUUUGAGAAGAUGAGCGGCGAGAUCACUGAGAUCAUCAGAGUCUUACAGCUCACCACGUGGGACGAAGACGCCUGGGCCAACAAGAAGGAUAUGGAAGCACUGAAGAGAUCUUUGGCCUUGAUUGAAUCGAAGAUGAUCCAAGCGAAAAGUUGGCUGAAAGACCCGUACGGACAACCAGGAGAACCGGGUGAGGUCGCAUUGCGAGUGAUUCUGGACGAGGCGGGAAAGGUGGGAGAGCUUUGUGCUGGGAAGGAAAGGAAGGAUAUCUUGGCGACACACAAGGCUUUGGGACAAAUGACCGACCAGAUUGCAGAUCUUCGAGUCAGAGGCCAGGGUCCGAGCCAGGCGUGUGUGCAGCGUGCAAGUCAAUGCUCUCAGGGCUUAGACUUGUUAUUGGGCAAAGUGGAAAAUGCUGCUCGCAGACUGGAGGCUCUUAUCAAUGCCAAGCAAGCCAUCGCUAGGAGACUGGAUGCUGCCCAGGCCUGGUUGGCUGACCCGAAUGGCGGUCUGGAGGGCGAAGAGAACAUCAGGGCGCUACUCGCAGAGGCCAAACGCAUUGCCGACCUGUGUGAAGACCCCAAAGACAGGGACGACAUUCUGCGUUCCAUCAGUGAGAUUGCAGGCCUCACCUCCAGACUUGUUGAGCUUCGCAAACAGGUCAGAGCGCAGACUUGUGUCACCAAUACCUGGCACAUUUUCCCUGCAUGGAGGUUAUGUUGUUGCCUCUCAACUUUAGGCACCCGUCCUGCAAUAAGAGGGAAAGGUGACAGUCCGGAAACUCGUGCCUUGGCAAAACAGAUUGGGGCGGCCCUACUGACCUUGCAGGCCAAGACCAAUCGAGCUGUGGCCAACAUGAGGCCCGCCAAGCCUGCGGUCACUCUGGAGGGCAAAAUGGAGCAAGCGCUGCGCUGGGUCGCAAACCCCGGAGUGGAUGACAGAGGUGUAGAGUGUGAGAGACUAGAGUGGAACACAGGUCAGGCGGCUAUCAGAGGGAUGGUUGGAGAAGGCAGGAGGCUGGCAGGAGGCCUCUUGGGGCCGUACCGCCAGGACCUGAUGGGACGUUGUGACCGAGCAGAGGCUCUCAUGACAUCCUUGGCAGACAUGGCUGGCAGGGGGGAAGCCGAGGCCCCGCAGACUCGAGUGACUGCUGCGCAGCUACAUGAUGGCCUUAAGGACCUGAGGCAGAAAAUGCAGGAGGUGAUGACCCAGGAAGUAUCCGAUGUCUUCAGUGACACCACAACGCCAAUCAAAUUGCUGGCCGUGUCUGCGACCGCACCCCCGGAUGCCCCCAACAGAGAGGAGGUUUUUGAGGAGCGUGCUGGGAAUUUUGAGGCCCACGCAGGUCGUCUGGGGGCAACAGCUGAGAAGGCGGCUGCUGUGGGAACAGCCAAUAAGAGCACGGUGGAGGGGAUUCACGCUGCUGUCAAACAUGCCCGUGAACUCACACCACAGGUAACUUCUGCUGCUCGGAUCCUGUUGAAAAAUCCUGGUAGCAAAGCAGCGUACGAGCACUUUGACACCAUGAAGAACCAGUGGAUCGACAAUGUAGAGAAACUCACAGGUCUGGUUGAUGAGGCCAUAGACACCAAGUCACUGCUCGACGCCUCCGAGGAAGCCAUCAAGAAAGACAUCGACAAGUGCCGAGUUGCCAUGGCGAAUGUUCAGCCCCAAAUGCUUGUUGCCGGGGCGACGAGCAUCGCGCGGCGAGCCAAUCGGGUUCUGCUGGUGGCCAAGAGGGAAGUGGAGAACUCGGAAGAUCCGCGCUUCAGGGACUUGGUGAAACACGCGUCAGAUGCCCUGUCCCACACCAUCUCCCCCAUGGUCAUGGACGCCAAGGCAGUGGCUGGCAACAUACAAGAUAAAGCAACGCAAAAGGCCUAUUUGGACUCCUGUCUGAGGAUCUUGGCUGCUGUGGGAAAGGUCAGAGAGGCCUUCCAACCUCAGGAGCUGGAUUUCCCCCCUCCACCACCUGAUCUAGAUCAGCUACAAGUAAGUGACGAGCAGGCUCCACCCAAGCCUCCCCUGCCAGAAGGCGAGGUGCCGCCCCCUCGACCUCCUCCUCCCGAGGAAAAGGAUGAAGAAUUCCCCGAGCAGAAGGCUGGGGAAGUCGUGAGUGAGCCCAUGAUGGUGGCCGCCAAACAGCUGCACGACGAGGCUCGCAAGUGGUCCAGCAAGGAGGCAGUAGAGGUAGACGAUGAAGAUGAAUUUACUGAUGGUGAGGAUGACUAUGAGCCCGAGCUCCUGCUGAUGCCCUCCAACCAGCCUGUCAAUCAACCCAUGCUGGCGGCUGCCCAGGCGCUUCACCAGGAGGCCCGCAAGUGGUCCAGCAAGGGCAACGACAUCAUCGCAGCCGCCAAGCGCAUGGCACUGCUGAUGGCUGAGAUGUCCCGGCUGGUGCGCGGCGGCAGCGGCAAUAAGCGAGCGUUGAUCCAAUGUGCCAAGGACAUCGCAAAAGCGUCGGACGAGGUGACAAGACUCGCCAAGGAAGUGGCCAAGCAGUGCACGGACAGACGCAUCAGGACAAACCUGCUGCAGGUGUGUGAGCGCAUCCCCACCAUCAGCACUCAGUUGAAGAUCCUCUCCACUGUGAAAGCAACCAUGUUGGGAAGAACAAACAUUAGUGAAGAGGAGUCCGAGCAGGCCACAGAGAUGCUGGUCCAUAAUGCCCAGAACCUAAUGCAGUCCGUGAAGGAGACGGUGAGGGAAGCUGAGGCGGCCUCCAUCAAGAUCCGCACGGAUGCAGGGUUCACCCUCCGUUGGGUGCGUAAGACCCCCUGGUACCAGUGACCCCAGCACUGACUUUGUGAACAUCAGCACACACUACAGAGGGUUAAAAAAAAAAAAAAAAAGUAGCAACAUAGACUUAGAUGGUUCUCCAUCAUCCAUGUUCAUUUAAAACUCUUCAUGUCCCUUUUUAGAGGACACGAAGGAAGCAUUUAUAUUAAUAUAUAUUUUUGCUAUGUCGAUUGCAGGUAGCUCUAUAUUUUUUGCAUGAAGAUGUUUUCUAUUUUCUAAAAGGCAACUCGAGACAUUGUGAUAGGACUUUUCUGUUUAACAGAGGUUUGUUUCUUAAUAAUGAAGUCUUGUGUGUGUGUUUGUGUGCGUGGGUGUGUAUAGAUACACUCAGCUGUGAGAGAUUCUCACCAUCUUUAAAAACGCUCAUGUUUACUUUGACAAUUAACGCUGCUGCUUGAAGACCUGUGUGUCAAUUUGAAGUUGUGACGUUAUCGUCAACAUUUCGCUUAUACUUGAACUAUGAAGUCUUCUGGAUUGGAAGUGCGUGACGAUAAAAGGUGUGAUUACAUAAAUGAGGGACUGACGAAGUAAUGAAGGAUUUGCUUAGUUUUGGCUUGUGUGCGUGACAACUCAUGAUUAUUUGUAGGGAUGGGCACCAUGAUGAAUUUUAAUUGUGUGAAAUUUACUGGUACAGUAAAUAGCCGUUUUAAUUGAUGCAUAAUGGAGUACAGUAACUGUUGGCUCAGUGUCAACUAGUUGUCUGUCUAUAGAAGAUCAACAUUAGUAGGUUGCACAUGUGUAUGCGAAGUGUACACAACUCCUCAGCAAAUUCAAUACAGCGCUGGUUCGAAAACAGGAUUAAAGAACAUUCAGAUUAUUUCAACAAAUUUCAAAUUAACAUUUUCCACAUAGCCGAUCAAAUUUCCAUCCCUAUCCAAAUGUGAAGUUUUUAUGGCUGUUUAUUGAUUUUAUUUUUUUAAUUUCGAAGCCAAAUGACGCAUUUACAGUACACCUUUUUAAAACUCGAAAAAUUCAAAGAGCACACUACCAUCAUACUUUUUAUUUUGUCUUAUUUCACAUGUAGAACAUUUAUUUUCCUGAGCAGUUGAACUGUUUGGGGAUCAUCAUGUAUCUGGAGUGGUGGCGUCACAAGAUAACAAAAUUACAUGCAAACCAACACCACUCUUAAGACAUUUUAAGCUCUUGUUUCGCUUUCACUUUAUGGUUUAUACCGUGUUUUGUUUUGUAUGCUUGCUGGGCAAAUGUAACUUUUAAAUGGAGAACCGGUGCAAGUGUGCGCAUAAGAACAUAAUAAACACGCCAUUAAAGGGACAUAAUGUAGUGAGCAUGUAGCAGCCGCUUGCUGAGAGCGACAGGGUGUAUGUACAUAACAGUAUAUAUGUACGUGUGAUGUGUCCCAUGCACCCUGAAUGUAUCCGGACAGUUUAUGGCCAUGCAAACACAUGCGCUGUUUGUGCCUUGGAAGAAUAAAAAGACUGAUUAUGAAUGACACUUUA